AUGACGCCCGCUACACCGACCCGUUCGUCCCCGCGCAAAGCGGCGACCACACCGAAGAACAACCGCUCUUCAUCCACUGCUUCGCCAACGAUCAAGACCGAGGCCGAAGAACUCUCUUUUCCGCCGACGCCCACCUCGGUGGGCGACUCGCCCGCCGCGGGCAAGCGGAAGCGCUCCACGCCGCGCGGGAUCAAGAACGAGACUUCCGAGAUCCACGAUCUGCUCUCUGCCAUUCCCAAGACCGAGGAGCUCGAUUCCAAGGAAGGACUCUCUGCGCCCUCUUCGCCAUCGAAAAAGUCGACGUCGGAACGCAAGUUGGCGAGCUACAAGCAGUCGAUCCUCGCGUCGCCCUUCCCUGACCAUCCGCUCCCUACAGCGGCGGAAGCGGAGCGCGUAGCCUGGAUUCUUGGUGACUUCCACGGCUACAAACGAGAGUCUGACGGCGGACGAGGUUUGCCCAAGUACACCACGCCUAAGGGGGAAGAUCGAUGGGGGGGAUGUGGUGACGUGCCCUCGGUGUUGGACGCCGUCAUUCGCACCGUGCUCAGCUGCAACACGUCCAACCGCAAUAGCGCUGCCGCCCAUCGGUCGAUGACCGAACACUUCGGAGCCAAGAACUGGGAAGCGAUCCAUGAGGCGAAAGAGUCCGAGCUGGUCGAAGCCAUCCGUUGCGGCGGAUUGGCGAAUAACAAGGCGCGCACCAUCAAGGGCAUUCUCGCCGAUACAAAGGAGAGACAUGGCAAGUUGUCCCUCGAUCACCUGCACGACGCGACGGACGAUGAGAUCAUGCAGGAGCUGGUAGGGUUCAACGGCGUUGGGCCCAAAGUUGCCAGUUGCGUACUUGCCUUUUGUAUCGGGCGCGAGAGUAUGGCGGUGGACACCCAUGUGUUUAGGUUGUGCAAAAGUUUGGGUUGGGUACCGGAGAAGGCGAAUCGGGAUCAGACGUACUAUCACCUGCACGAGCGGGUUCCAGGGCAUUUGAAGUAUGCGCUGCACGUGUUGUUGAUCCAGCACGGGAAGCGGUGUGCCAAUUGCUCGGCCAAGGGGUUUGCGACGGUCAAGGAGGAGGGCAAGGGGAGCGAUGAUGAUGGUGAGUGGACGGACCGACCGUGCCCAUUGAAGGCGGAGCGGUUGCUGGGGAGGAAGGGCAAGGCGCUGAAGGACGCUGCUGCUUCUACUUCGACGAGCGGAGUCAAGAAGGAGGAGGAUGCUGCUACCUCAUCGAGCGAAACCAAGAAGGAGGAGGCUGAUGCCGACACACCUCCGAGCAAGAAAGUCAAAACCGAAUCCUCCGCCGACACGGACUUUGCCGCCGCCCUCGAAUCCGCACGCUCCGCCUCGGCAUCAACCCUCCUCAAAUGGCUUCAGAAGUCCCGCUCCACUCGGUCGCGCAAUCCCCUCUCCUCCCGCCUUCGAGACGCCGGUCUCUCCCUCGAGAUCGUCUCUGCCUCCGACCUGGCCGCCGAACAGCGCAAACGCAUCUUUUCGCUCUUCGAGACGAACAUGAAGUCCAUGUAUCGCAACUCGAUGCUGGGCUGGAAGCCGGGGAACAAGAAGAAGGAGCUGUUCGACCCCCAAUCGCGGUUCCUGAUCAUCCGACCGCCGGCGAAGGAGGGUGCGGAGAUCGCGGCGUUUGCCAUGGUUAGGUUUGACACCGAGCCGUGCGCUGCGGGGGAUGCGGUGGCGAGGGAGGGGGAGGAGGAGGUCGAGGUGGUGUACCUGUACGAGAUCCAGGUGCGCGAGGCGAAUCAGAGGGAUGGGCUGGGAAGGGAACUCAUGGAUGCCGUGUACGAGCUCGGACAGCAGGCAGGGCUGAGGAAGGUCAUGCUCACGGUGUUCGACGAGAACAAGGCGGCAAAGGAGUUUUACGGCAAGAUGGGGUACAAGAUCGAUCCGGCCAGCCCGAGCUUGGAUGACGAGGCAAAAGGGAAGGUCGACUUUGAGACCAUGUUCAAGGUCAUUCAGUAG